AUGCUGCUCCGGCCGCGGCGGCCGCCGCCGCCCGCGCCCCCCGCGCCGGCGUCGCCGGCCAGCCCCGACCCCGAGCCGCGGCCGGCCGGGGGCGCCCCGGGGACACCGCCCCGGCGGCCCGCCUCGCCCGGCGCGCUGGCAGCGCCCGCGUCCCCCGCGUCCCUCGGGCUCCCCGGGUCGCCCGUGUCCCCGGGCUCGGCGCAGCGCACGCCCUGGAGCGCCCGCGAGACGGAGCUGCUGCUGGGCACGCUGCUGCAGCCGACCGUGUGGCGCGCGCUGCUGCUCGACCGCCGCCAGGCGCUGCCCACCUACCGCCGCGUGUCGGCCGCGCUGGCCCGCCAGCAGGUGCGGCGCACGCCCGCGCAGUGCCGCCGCCGCUACAAGUUCCUCAAGGACAAGCUCCGCGACGCCCAGGGCCAGCCGUCCGGGCCAUUCGAUGCGCAGAUCCGCGAGCUCAUGGGGCUGCUGGGCGACAACGGGCACCGCCGCGGCCGCCGCCGUUCCCCGGGGCCCGGGCGCCCCCCGCGCGGCCGCCGGGCGGCCGCCGCCGCACACCUCUCGUCCGCGGGACCGGACGUUCCGCCGCCGCCGCCCGCCACCCGCGACCCCGACGCAGACCCUGCCUGGACGCUGAGGUUCAGCCCGACGCCGCCCAAGUCUGCAGACGCACCGCGCGCUCCCGGCUCCCCGACGGCGUUCUCCACGGUUGCCGCCGCGCCCGGCCGCCCCGAGGACCACGCGCCUUUCCGCGCCGCGGCAUCCCCGCCGCCGCCGGCCCUAGACCCCGCCCGGGAGGACCCCGACUCUCCGUCCGGCCGCCCCGAAAACCACGCGCCCCCGCAGUCCGCGCCCCCGUCGCUGAACGCCGCCCUUCUGCAGACCCUGGGGCACCUGGGCGACAUCGUGGCCAUCUUGGGUCCUCUGCGCGACCAGCUGCUGACCCUGAACCAGCACGUGGAGCAGCUGCGCGGCUCCUUCGACCAGACCGUGUCCCUGGCCGUCGGCUUCAUCUUAGGCAGCGCCGCCGCCGAGCGAGGCGUCCUGGCCGACCCGCGAGAUUGAGGCCUGGCUGCCCCGAUCCUUUCUGUACGAUCACGUUCCCUCCGCCCUGACCCCAUCCUGCGGCCCUCCCCUCC